AUGGCCUCUACAUACCCUGAAAAGGCGGACUACAUCGUCGUUGGUGGGGGUCUUGCCGGCUGCGUGGUUGCAUCGCGGCUCAAACAAGCAGAUCCUUCUCUGUUGGUGGUUUUAAUUGAAGCAGGCGAUGACCAAACAGGUCACCCACUUACUUCCUUUCCGCUUGCAUGCUUUGGAGCACACUACUCGGAUCUUGAUUAUGCAUACCAGACGGUGCCUCAAGCGAAUCUUGGCGGCCGUGAGUGCUAUGCAGCGGCAGCUAAGCUUCUUUCUGGAGGUUCUGGCAUCAACUACGGUACUUGGACGCGAGGCCCGGCCGUGGACUUCGAUAACUGGGCUAGAACAGUAGGCGACGAUGCGUGGAGCUACCGCGGCCUCUUGCCAUAUUUCAGAAAAACCGAAUUUCUGGAAACGCGCCGCUCCAUCGACCAGUUACAACAUGGAGUUGACGGCCCGAUCCAUGUGGUGCCAGUCUCGGACAGCGACCUCGACAGAGUGUAUCCUUUGCGCGGUCCUAUCGAGCAAGCAUGGUCGGAACUUGGUUUGAAUAAGUCUGAGGCUCUUCAGGGGGGUGCACGUGGCAGCAUCACAGAGCUGGUAGAGUCAUGGAGAGACGGCAAAAGGCAGUGCGCCAGCCAAGUGUACGAUCUAUCAGACGUGACGGUUCUGACUUCCACGAUCGUCCGUCGUGUCAUUGUCCAGGAGUCUUCGGACAUCAAGACCGUUACCGGGGUCGAGCUGGUGGACGGCCGAGUCAUCUCCGCGUCCAAGGAAGUUAUUCUGUCCUGUGGUGCAUAUCGAACACCGCAGGUUCUUUUGCUGUCAGGCAUUGGCGCACAGGAGGAGCUGUCAGCCUGUGGAGUCCCUCAGACGGUCGAUUGCCCAGAGGUUGGGCGCAAUCUACACGACCAUUUCGCUGUAUGCAUGUGGUGGAGAUUGAAGCAUCCGGAGAAUGGGCUGGCGCUGGGUACUCCCCAUUGGGACCAACAGACGUACGGCAAAGGGCUUCCGUGCGACUGGAUUGCAUGGCAGGGCGUUCCGCAAGACAUGUUACGAGCUGCUUUGGAGCAGGAUGGUGAAGUGACCAAGGACCAUGCGCUUCUUCAAUCGGACCAAUGUCACCUCGAAACGUUGAUCCCAUAUGCACCUGCUGGCGCUCAAAUUGCCGGGGUCGAGGUCCCUCUGGAUGGAAGCAUCAUCACAACAGCGGUGCUUGGCAUGAAGCCUACAUCUCGUGGUAGCAUCAAGAUUGCCUCGGACGAUCCUGAGCGACCCCCUGUUAUUGAUCUCAACUAUUACGCCACGGAGGCUGAUCGCGUCUCACUUCGAUAUGGCAUUCGUCAAGCGCUCAGACUAGUCAAUGACACAAGUCUUGGUCGUGAUAUGAUCCAGGAAGAGAUACCUCCCGAAGGGUUUGCGACCCUUAACAGCGACUCAACUGACGCCGAGAUUGAUGCAAGGGUCAAACGAGUUGGCAAUACUUUCUUCCAUGCAGCUGGAUCGGCUUCUAUGGGCAGAGUUGUGGACACACAACUGAGGGUGUUGGGAGUUGAGAGAUUGAGGGUGGUUGACGCAAGCGUUAUCCCGGUCCCCAUCGCAGCACAUAUUCAGGCCACUGUGUACGCGAUUGCCGAAAAAGCGGCUGAUAUAAUCGUGCAGUCAUCGGCAGCAGUUACGAGGUAA